AUGCCCGUCGUUGGCAAGUUAAUACCCCUUGCUACGGGUUGUCUUAGUAGAGCCCUGCCUGCAUCUGCUGUAAAAUCAAACCGGACCUACUUCACAUACACUCAAGAACUAUCUCAACCUUUGGACCGCAGUCCAGAAUUUGUUACUGCUCAACAAGCGUUCGAAAAAUGCUUAAAAUCCGAUUCGACGGUGUACUCCCAGGGUGCGGCUGCUACUCCAACGCCCCUGCUGGACGCGAUGACACAUGUAGGGAAGGCUGCCUCCUUGAAGAACAUAAAGGUCGUUCACAUGCACACUGAAAAGGAAGCCGCUUACACCGCACCCGAGUACAAGGACAUAUUCAGGUCUUGUUCUCUCUUCAUGGCGGCUAACGUCCGCAAAGCGGUUGCUGAAGGCCGCUCCGACACCAUCCCCAUCUUCCUGCAGGACAUCCCCAAGCUGUUCCACAGGAAGAUCAUCCAGCCCGACAUCGCCAUUAUCCAGGUUUCCCCCCCUGACCAGCACGGUUACUGCAGUCUUGGCACCUCGGUGGACUGCGUCAGGGCGGCGCUGGUCAAUUCCAAAAUUAUCAUUGCUCAAGUGAACAAGAACAUGCCUCGUACAUUCGGCGACGCCAUUAUCCACACGUCGCACAUCGACUACGCCGUUUUGGAUGAUACUCCGCUACCCGAACACGGUGGGAAACCGCCCAGCCCUGAGGAGGCCAAGAUCGGCCAACUUAUUGGCGACAACUUGGUCGAAGAUGGCGCCACUUUGCAGAUGGGUAUCGGCAACAUCCCGGACGCAGUUCUGUCCGCCCUGAAGAACCACAAGGACCUCGGCAUCCACUCGGAGAUGUUCAGCGUGGGGGUCAUCGACCUCGUCAAGCGGGGAUGUGUCACCAACAACAGAAAAAAGAACCACAAAGGACGUAUUGUGGGCAGUUUCUUGGUCGGCACGAAACAGCUCUACGAUUUCGUCGACAAUAAUCCUUUCAUCGAGAUGCUGGAGAUCGACUACGUGAACAACACUCACGUGGUAUCCUUGCAGCCGUGCAUGACGGCCAUCAACUCUUGCAUCGAGGUCGACCUCACCGGGCAAGUGUGCGCCGACUCUAUCGGCACCCGCAUGUAUUCGGGAUUCGGUGGCCAAGUGGACUUCAUUCGAGGCGCGGCCGAAUCUGUGGACGGAAAAGGGAAACCUAUCAUAGCUUUAGUUUCCAGCACCAAGAAGGGAGAAUCGAAGAUUGUGCCCACUCUUAAAGUCGGGGCUGGUGUGGUGACAUCCCGAGCUCACGUACAAUACGUAGUGACAGAACAAGGCAUCGCCAACUUAUUCGGCAAGACUCUAAGGCAACGCGCGCAUGCACUGAUCAACAUAUCCCAUCCGGACCAUCGCGAAGCUCUCGAGAAGGCGGCCUUCGAAAGAUUGAAAUGCAUGCCUGCACCUUGA